UUAAAUAUAAGACCCAUGUAUCAGAAGGCUCUCAGAUCUUUUCUGAUCAUCUCCACAAGUGAACACACCAUGAUCCUGAACACAGUGUCAGUCACCGGACUCCUGCUCACCUUCACCAUCACCGGUUUGGCGGCAUACAGUUUGAGUCAGGAGAAGUCGAAACAGGUGAAACUGGGUGACAAGGUGUCUAUACUCUGCACUGCAGAAAAUGAUGCACAUUUCAUUUCAUGGUACCGACAAAAAGCUGGAGGUUCUCCUGAGUUUCUGCUCCGUAAUGAUAUACGAGCGAGCGGUUUACCCACCAGGUUCACUUUCACUGACUCGGGCAAUCAGGAUUAUCUGAACAUCGAAGGAGUGACAGCUGAAGAUGAAGCGGUUUAUUACUGUGCAUGUAUUAACUGCGGUGGAGCACAGUGCUACAGUCCAGCAGAGCCGCCGUACAAAAACCUCCUGCUGCACUUACUGUUGAUGUCUGACCGUCCAUCUUCUCCUCCAUCCCUGCUCCUGCUCGCUCCCUCGGUUUCUUCGCUCUCUGACGGUGAUGUCAGUGUGGUGUGUGUGGCUCGGGGUUUUUACCCUGACAGCGCUACCAUGUCCUGGUCUGAGGACAGCAGCAGCGUGACAGGGGACGAGGUACAGACGACUCCGGCUGAGCGUCACACCGACGGCACCUUCUCCCAGACCAGUCUUCUGAAGCUCAGUAAGCAGCGCUGGAGCUCCGGGAGAACCUACACGUGCCGUCUGAGUCACCCGGCGCUUUCCACACCGCUGAGCCAGAGCACCAGCCUGGACCUGUGCGGCUAAACAGAAAUCUAAACAUAAAAUAGAUAUGCAUUUCAGAAGUUCAUCAGCUCUUUAGAAGCUUGCUUUAGAUCUGAAAAUACAGUAUACAGUAAUAAAGUUCUUCUAUAUAACUGA